AUGGAGGAGCUCGCUGGCGACCGCCCCGGCCCGCCGCCGCUCUAUCUCCCGCUUCCCCCGGACGACCUGCUCCUGGAGAUCCUCCUGCGCCUCCCGCCGGAGCCCAUCUACCUCUUCCGCGCCUCCUUCGUCUCCAAGCACUGGCGCAGCCUCGUGCACGACGCCCGCUUCCUCCGCCGCUUCCGUGAGUUCCACGGGGGGACGCCUCCCGUCCUCGGCUUCUUCAACAACCAGUUGGAGCAUCCCCUCUUCGUCCCCACCUCCGGCGGCUUCGCGCUCUCCACCGCCACGAUGUCCCACGACGACUGGUGGGCCCUCGACUGCCGCCACGGCCGAGCCCUCCUGGAAAGGCUCGGAUCCGGAAAGCUCCUCGUCUGGGACCUCUUGACCGGCGACGAGCGCCACCUGCCCGCCCCCCCAGCCUGUGACGGGAUGUACAACGGUACGGUUCUGUGCGCGGCCGGCCACACCGUCCACGGCGACUGCCGGUCGUGCCCGUUCCUCGUGGUGUACGUGUUCAGUCGAAGUAGUUCUGCUAUCUGUGCGUGCGUAUUGUCAUCCGAUACUGGCGUCUGGAGUGAGGUCACCUCCAUCGAUGUACAAUCUUUAGUAGUUGAUCCGACACCGUCAGCUCUAGUUGGGAACACACUCUACUGGCUGCUGGAAUACAAUAAUAUCUUUGAAUAUGAUUUGGAUAAUCAUAGGUUGGGUCUAACUGCGAAGUUACCAGGCGACACUCUAUGUAGCUAUCGGGGGCAGGCUUCUAGUAAUAUACAGUACAGGGUGCUCUGUUCUCUCCCACCUUUUGGGUUCCUCGGCUGCGGCAUCGGGGUCUACCUGUACCACCCUGACACGGGUGACCUCGUCGGCCACUGCACGAUUAAGUGCACCUCCAUGGCGAGCUUGCUCCUCGUGAUGGAAGGUGGAGGGAUCUGCAACGGCAUGGGCUGCUGCACCGUCACUUUCCCCGUGGCGUUCCGAGGGUUUAGGGUGACCAUCGUGAAGAACAACGAGACAGUGCCACAGCCUUUUGCUAACAUCACCAUCAAGGCUUUCUUGUCAUUCCGCCCGUAUAUCUUUAGUAUUGCGGACCUGUUGUCCGAUAAGAUAAAUGCAAGCACUGUCGGUGCUUCCUCUGCUGCGUACCUCUCGACUGUGAUCACAGAUAAGCCCAAUUGCGCAAAAGCUCGGUCGGAUGAUAAGACACGGUAUGCCUGUGGCAGUAGCAAUUGUGAGAAUGUGGCAAAUGGAGGCUACUAUUGUACCUGCUCUGGCAGUUCUGAUGAUGGUAAUCCCUACAUUCUUGAUGAUUGCAAACAAGAGUAUAAUCAUACCCCCAAAAUGAACUGUUCUAGAUCAUGUGGUAGCACAAACGUUCCUUUCCCUUUUGGGUUUGAACCAGGGUGUUACGCUACCAGGAGAUUUCAACUGAAUUGCGCAUCCAAUCGCACUCUUAUUGGCAGACCACCUGCAAAAUAUGAAGUGACAAAUAUUUCAUUAGAUGAUGGACUGCUAUAUGUUAAUAAGCUUUCAGAGUUUGAAGAUGCCAACAUGAAUUAUCUAUCAAUAUACUACGGUGGCUCUGGAUAUUUUGGUCAGCAACUGGUAUAUGGAUUGGAUAAGUCUGAUUUAUCUGAGGAAUUUGGUGUCUGGAGGUGGUCCGCGGCCAACCUUACAUGUGAAAGUGCAAAAAAAGACAGAGCGUAUGCAUGCCGUAGCGCGAAUAGUGAGUGUAUUGGUGUCACGCAUGGAAAACUCUACAUUGGUUAUCGAUGCAAGUGCUCUCCUGGCUUUGAAGGAAAUCCUUAUGUCGAAAAUGGAUGCACAGAUAUUGACGAGUGUCUGAUACCCAAUAACUGUAAUGGGACAUGCUAUAACCUGAAAGGAAGCUUCCGUUGUUGCCCUCAUGACAUGUUCUUUGAUCCAGUAGAAAAACAGUGCACUCCUGAUAAGCGGCAAAAUCUUGUUUUGGGGGUUUCUACUGGGAUUGGCAGUGGUUUUGGAGUACUAGCUCUUGCACUGGGUGCGAUUAUACUAAUGAGGAGAUUGAAGAGAGGCGCUCAAAGGAAAAUCCGAAGGGCAUUCUUCAGAAAAAACAGAGGUCUGCUCCUGGAGCAGCUGAUCUCAUCCACCAGUGAAAGCGUCACUCACAGCACAAGGAUAUUUUCCAUGGAAGAGCUAGAGAAAGCAACCAACAACUUUGACCCGACGCGUGUGCUCGGGCACGGAGGCCAUGGCACCGUCUACAAGGGGAUUCUAUCCGACCAGCGGGUGGUGGCCAUCAAGAAGUCCAAGAUGGUGGAGCAGAGCGAGAUCGACCAGUUCGUCAACGAGGUGUCCAUCCUGUCCCAGAUCAUCCACCGCAACGUGGUGAAGCUCUUCGGGUGCUGCCUCGAGUCCGAGGUGCCGCUUCUCGUGUACGAGUUCAUCUCCAACGGCACGCUCCAUGACGUCCUCCACGGCGACCCGGACGCCAAAUGCUUGCUGACGUGGGACGAUCGUAUCAGGGUUGCUCUGGAGGCUGCAGGGGCGCUUGCCUACCUCCAUUCGUCCGCCGCGAUGCCGAUCUUCCACAGGGAUGUGAAAUCUGCCAACAUACUAUUGGAUGACACUUUCACCACGAAGGUCUCGGACUUCGGCGCCUCCAGGUCCAUCUCCAUCGACCAGACUCACGUGGUGACCAUCGUGCAGGGGACAUUCGGGUACCUAGACCCGGAGUACUACUACACCGGGCAGCUCACCGAGAAGAGCGACGUCUACAGCUUCGGCGUGAUACUCGUCGAGCUCUUAACAAGGAAGAAGCCAAUUUUUCUCAACAGUCUUGGUGAGCAACAGAACUUGUGUCAUUACUUCCUUGGACGGCUGAAAGACGAAACCGUCAUGGAUAUUAUCGAUUCUCAAGUUGUGGAGGAGGCCAGCCAGAGCGAGAUCGACGAGAUGGCGUCGGUCGCCGCGAUGUGCUUGAGGACUAGAGGCGGGCAGAGACCUAAGAUGAAAGAAGUGGAGCUAAGGCUGCAGCUGCUGCGAGCUAGGAGGCGACCUCCUAGAAGACACGAACAAGAGUUGCAAAGGCACGGAGAGACCAAGCCGUUGUUGUCAACUCCAAUUAAGUCCAGAUCUACUUCUGUGGCCAUGGCCAAGAACGUUGAGCUUGGCAUCGUCGCUGAUAAUCCGCCAUCGCGGACUCUCACGAGGUGCUACUCCAUGGAGCAAGAGAUGGCAGCUUCAUCAGAGUUUCCUCGUUAGGCGGUAGUAGAUUUUGUUUCGAAGAGGACUUUCCCCAUGCGCCCUGUGUUGUUUAUCUAGACUAGAUUCUUGCAGUACCUUGAUUUUAGCAUU